AUGGGGAUCCUUGAGCGAAUCAAGGACAUCGAGCUCGAGAUGUCCCGGACUCAGAAAAACAAGGCCACCGAGUAUCACAUGGGCCAGCUGAAGGCCAAACUGGCCAAGCUCCGGACCAUGCUCCAGGAGCCCGCCAAGGGGGGUGCCUCCGGGGAGGGGUUCGAGGUCCAGAAGUUUGGGGAUGGGCGCGUUGCCCUAAUCGGCUUCCCCUCGGUGGGGAAGUCCACUCUGCUGACGGAGCUGACAGGAACCAAAUCGGAGGCUGCCUCCUAUGAGUUCACCACCCUCACCUGCAUCCCGGGCGUCAUCCACUACAACGACGCCAAGAUCCAGCUGCUGGAUCUGCCGGGGAUCAUCGAAGGGGCGGCGGAGGGCAAAGGCCGUGGGCGCCAGGUCAUUGCUGUCUGCAAGUCGGCGGACCUCCUGCUGAUGGUGUUGGAUGCGGGCAAGCCGCACUACCAUCGUGAGAUCCUGACCAGGGAGCUAGAGUCAGUGGGCGUGAGGCUAAAUCGCAAGCCGCCAGACAUCUUCUUCAAGAAGAAGAAAACGGGCGGGAUCGCGGUCAACUCCAUGGGUACCCUGACCCAUCUGGACGAGAAGAUGGUCUGGCGGAUCCUCCAGGAGUAUCGGAUACACAACGCCGACUUGCUGUUCAAGGAGGAUUCCACGGUAGACGACCUCAUCGACGUCAUCGAGGGCAAUCGGCGCUACAUCAAGUGCCUGUAUGUGUACAACAAGGUCGACGUGUGCAGCAUGGAGGAGGUGGACGAGAUAGCCCGCCGGCCCUUCUCCAUACCCAUCUCCUGCUACCACCGCCUCAACAUGGACGGCCUCCUGUCCCAGAUCUGGGAGAUGAUGGCGAGUGUGGGGGAGCGGCCAGAUUUCGACGAGCCUGUGGUGCUCUCGGACGACCGUGGCGGCGUCACCGUCUCCGACUUUUGUGCCCACAUCCACAAGAGCCUGCUGGCGGACUUCAAGUACGCCCUGGUGUGGGGCACCUCCACCAAGCACAUGCCCCAGAGGGUGGGGCUGGGCCACACGCUGGAAGACGAGGAUGUCGUGCAGAUCGUGAAGAAGAAGGUGUCGGACACGGACGAUGCGCGGGGGCGCUUCAAGCAGUCUGGAGCCGAGUAUGUCAAGAUUGCCGACCGCGAGAAGCGCAAGCCCCUGAAAACCUGA